GUUCUAUCGGCAUGCUGAACGAUAACACCAAUACUAGCUAGUAUUUGCAUCAUUAUACAAUAUUCAUAUUAUUAUCGAAUAACAACUAUGAUUCGUUCUCUCAAUGGCUUAGCCAGAUGUUAUACCAGAACCUUUAUGAAACAAACUUCAAACACUUUAUACCUACAUUCAAGGUUACCUUGUAAAGUAGAGCCCUUAUUCAUUCAAAGUAAAUCAUUCAGUCUAGGCGGCGGAGACGAAAAUCAAAAGGGGCUCUUUCAACGUUUUAAAGAUGCAUAUAAACAAUAUGGAAAAACGUUAGUGGCUGUUCAUGUUGUGACGUCUUGUGUUUGGUUUACAAGUUUCUAUUCAGCGGCUCACUAUGGUUUAGAUAUUACUCCUAUUUUGGAAAGAUUCUUAGAACCAGAAACUAUUGAAAAAGCACAAAACAGUCCAUUAGGCCAUGCUGCCAUAGCCUACUUAAUGUACAAGCUUGUAACUCCUGCAAGAUAUGCUGUAACUAUCGGAGGAACGCAAGUUACAGUAAAACAGUUGAAAAGAAUGGGAGUAUGGAAAGAAAUAGACGAAAAGGAAAAAUUGGGUUCUCUCUUAAGAGAAGGAAAAGACAAUGUUAAAGACAAAAUGAAUACAAAAAUUAAACAGGCACGAGAAAAGAUGAAUAAAUAA